AUGCGACUCGAUGAGGCCCAGUCACUGAGCAGCGAUGCAGACGACCAGCUCGUGCUUCGUAUCCCCUUCUCCGGUGCCUGCAAGCUCAAGAGUCUACUUCUCAAGACAGGGCCAGGGGGUGAGACACCCACCAGCAUAGCCCUCUUCGUGAAUGCGGACCCACCCUUGGACUUUGGCGAUGAUUUGGAUGCGAGGGCUGAGAUGAAGGUUGGGAGCAAGGGAGCGCCGAGUCAGGUGCUAGAGCAAGUGGCCGAAACGAGGGACGUGGUUGAGUAUCCGCUUAGAGUGGCAAGGUUCAGUAGUGUGAGGGAUUUGACGCUCUUUGUGAGGGGAAGUGUUGGCGGAGACAAGAUCGCUCCUCCCCGACUUCCCUCGUUGCCUUGCUCAGACGUCGGUCUACGAGGCGAGAGCACCAACUACACCCGCGAAGCCCCGUCCAACCUCAUCUAUGAAGCGACCCCGCAGCUCAAGGACCACAAGAAGGUCCCUGGCACCGAAUCUGGAGCCAACCAGCUUGGCCAAUAA